AUGACAUCAUCGCCAAAUCUUGGCAAUAUUGCAAUGAUACCAAGUGCUUCAUACUUCUAUCCAACUGCACCACCACAGCAAUCAUCGAAAUGGCUUGCUGAUAACAAUAAUCCCCAUAGAAAUUCUAACGAUCAAGCAUCAAGAGUUGCGUCUUCUAGUAGUUUCCGAACAGCAGAAUCAAUAAAGUGUUCUACUGAUGUUCGAUGGCCUACUGAAAUUCCAUACCAAAUUCAAAGGAUUCAUCCAGCUGCUGCAGCAGCUGCGGCAGCUGCUGCUUCAGCUAAUCCUUCUGUAAUAUCCGAAGUAUAUCCAACUGAUCCAUUUCCAUCUACAUCAAUGGCACAUUUACCAGGAAACUGCUGCUUAAAUCAUUUUGAAAAUGCUGGAAACUGUUAUUAUCCAAAUGCUGCAAUGUUAACUUCAUCUUAUGCUAAUCCAACUACGAACAAUGAACACUUUAUGACGGCGGAACAGAUUGCUCACUGGAAAGUUCCAGCAUUUGCAUAUGCACCUUUCAACUGUAGACGCACGUCAACUCGAACGCACCAACAGCAAACUAUCUCACCGCCUUAUCGUACUGGUCCUGGUACCAACAAUGUUCAGAUAGGACUUUCCGGUCGCCAUAAAAGCCAGUAUCAGGUGAGAGUACUCAUGGUCUGCAAUGAUUUACAACGACGUCAGCCUUCACGUGAAAUACACGUGAGGGUUAGAACAAGCGAAAAAUACCGUAUGGUUUAUACUGAUUAUCAGCGGUUGGAAUUAGAGAAGGAAUUUCGCACUUCGCAAUUUAUAAAUUCGGAGCGCAAAUCGCAGCUUUCAUCUGAAUUGCAACUAACCGAACGGCAGGUCAAGAUUUGGUUCCAAAAUCGGUCAGUUAAGUAA